UCUUUGCUCUAUCACUCGGAGACUCGUUUCUUGUGUGUGCUCGCCAAGCCCAGCAAGUCACCGGCAGCACCAAGCCAAUGGAGGAAGCGAGGGGGCACCAGGGGAUACCGGCGUUCGGCGAAUGGAACUACGGCGACGGCGACGACUGGCCUGUGCUCGCCCAACGCUUCGAGUCUGCGAUGCACACCCAGCUCCCCGUACACAAAGCCUGCAAGAGAGCGAGGGCGUGUCGCAGGAGGCGCUUCCCAGCGUUCGGAGAUUGGAACAACCUCGGUGAUGGCGACGCCGGUGGCUGGACGACGGCCGUCGUCAACCAGUACUUCGAGCCUGUCACGGCACACAAAUCACUCAAGAGGAAUUCAAUGGUUACCACAGUGGCGUCGUCGCCAUGGGGAAGCAGCAGCACAAGGUGGCGAGGCAAACCUGGGUGGAUGACUCAGGGACCCACGUGGCAAUGCAACCUUUCUCCUUCGUGGCGGUCAAGGCUGUUGACGACGACCUGUAUGAUGUCCCACCGGACAUGCUCUGUGCCAAGCCACUACGGAAAGGUAGGACAUGGCUGAGGAGUCUGCUGAUGAGGUGUUGUGGCCUCAACUGCUUCACCUAAUAACUAGAGGACCGUGAUGAUCAAGCGCCCAUCUAUAGUCUUCUUGUUUGCUUGUGCAUGCCACCUAUGGCUCACAUUGCUACAUGUUUUGAUGGAUCGAUGGAUGAACUGCACGAUGUGGUUCGCUGUCAUUGAGAAUGUAACUGUAUAUGUAAGAUGGUGGUGGCGGGUUCAUAACUUACAUGUAGGUUAUGCUUUAUUUAUUUAUUUUUACAUAUAUGAGCAAAACACCCAAGUCGAUUGAUUUUGAUUUUUGAAAGAUUAAUGUGCUAAAGUCUGGAUGCUGCAAUUAAGAAGGGAACGUGCC